GUGUGUGUGUGUGUGUGUGUGUGUGUGUGUGUCUGUAGGUCAGUCAUGCAGUCGUGCAGUUCUGCUCUCUGUAUCCUGAUCUUACUGACCAAUACAGUCACUACUGUGGCCAAUGCAAGUUUUACUACAGUGAAGGUGGAUCUUCAUGACUCUGCUACUCUGCCCUGCUCUGAGAGAUGCUCUGGUUUGGUCAGAUGGACUGUGCACCAUAAACCCACUGAUGUUCUGGCUGAGUGUGAUCAGACUUCAUGUAGAUCAGUGAAGGAGGGAUAUCAGAUGAUCCAUGAUCAGUACCUGAAGGGAGAUCACUCUCUCAUCAUCGCUGAUGCCGAUUUCAGAAAAAGGGAUGUGUACACGUGUGAGUGUGAUGGUACAGAUCUCUGUGAUGUGGCUCUAAAGAUUGAGCCUUUGAACACUACAGUACAGAUAAAGUCCAAUCAAUCUCUGAUGCUAAAUUUGGACAUAUCAAAACAAGUGGAGGUAAUUUAUAACAUCACAAAUACAGCUGGACCAUCCAGUGGUCAGAUCUGUACAGUGGAUGGACGCUCCCUGCAGUGCAGACCAGAAUAUAAACAGAGAGUGUUGGUUAUCUCGGCUCUUGAGCUGAGUGCAGUGACUCCAUCUGAUAGUGGAGUUUAUACAAUAAUAGAGUCCAGGAACAAAGAGGUCAUUCACACCUACACAGUGACUGUCCAAGAUGACCAGACGGACCUGGAGAGAUUUAAAGGAGCUGCUGUACCAGUGUGGAUUUUUGUACCGGUGGUGGUCACAUGCAUAGUUGUGAAUGCGAUAUUGGCUGCAGUGAUUGUGCAGCUGAGGAGAAAGAAUCAAGGUAUCAUCGCCUGAUGAUGGAUGACCAGGUCGUCUGAGAGGUCAUUGCCAACCAAGCGCUCUCUCACCUAAGUUCUUUUGCUCUUUUUCUCAACCAUAGUGUGUGUGUGAAAGAGAGAGAGAGAGAGAGAGAGAGAGAGAGAGAGAGAGAGAUGGGGGAGAUGGGGGGGGUUAGGGGGUUAUAUUGAUCAGUCCUACACUGCAUUAAGAAUUGUUAUUCUGUAGGUCUCUAGUGUUGAUACUUUAUUAUCUCUUCAUUUACAAAUAAUUUUUUGUUUUUGCACUUGCACUGUCAAAGUCUGUAAAGCACUACUGCCAAGAUGUUGCUGUAGUUCAGAAUGCUUGUUCUUAGUCUAGAAAAAAAGUGUGCCAUGAAAUCUGUACUGUUACUGUAGUUUGAACUAUGAUCUUUGUGAUAUGUUCAUUCAGAUUAACUAGCACAAGAUUGUGUAUCAUUUCCUUACAUGCAAACUUCUGACUCUGUUGUUGCACCUCUUAAUCGUAAUUGUACGCCCCAGAGAAGUAUGUGAAGCUGGCAACUACGAUCACUUUGGGUCGUGAUUGCUUGACUCUCUUCAUAAUAAAAGACUUGCCCUUGUGAAGAGAACUGCCGCUUGACCACGGGUUAGGUUGGUCAGAUACUAAUGAUUAUUAACCUUAUUUGUACCAUUCACCUCCAUUCAAUAAGGGUUCGCUUGCCUUUUUACUUUCAUGUUCACAAUCUGUAAUACAUCUACAAUUUAGAUUUUACAAGUAAGGUAAGGAUUUCAUGGCACACUGUACGAUUGCGGUAGCAGUGCAACAAUACAGGCAAAAAUUUGCAUGUAGCAAACUUGUGCAAGCUGAUCUGAAUGAAUGAAAAGCACAAAAUGUAGGCAAAAUGGAAAUUUGCACAUCUGAAAAUGAAACUAAAUGCAUUAAGAGUCCAAAAUUGUUUGUGGAACUCGCUUUUAAUAUUUGCACUAAAUUCAAAACCUGAGGUACGUCUUUAAAUCAUA